AGUCCACGACCUUGGUUUUAGGUAGUUCAGGUUUCUGUUCUUCUCAAUUUGUUUGAAUUUGUUUUAACCCAUCACUUUUCUCUGCUAACCAAGCCGUUGAUUUCUGAGUGCUCACGCUACAAGACCAUUCUUUCUUCUUCUGAGUACGUGCACAGUGAAUUUGAUUGAAGAAUGGCACAAGAUACUGCUACUCCACCAGUUCCUUUUGAUUUCGAACUCUUGGUUGGUGAUCACCUUAGAACUGUCUCAGCCUCAUCCAGCAGCAGCAGGGCAGACCCAUGGAUUGAACCUGAAAGGUUGAAACUCAGACACAGGAUUGGUCGGGGACCCUUUGGUGAUGUUUGGUUAGCAACUCAUCAUCAAUCAACUGAAGAUUAUGAUGAGUAUCAUGAAGUAGCUGCCAAGAUGUUACCUCCAAUCAGAGAGGAACAUAUGAAAACUGCAUUAGAGAAAUUUUGUGAAUUAUAUUUCCGGUGCCAAGGAGUGGGUAGGGUGUGCUGGCUACUUGGAAUUUCAAUUUUAAAUGGAAGGAUAUGCAUCAUUAUGAAUUUUUAUGAGGGUUCAGUCGGUGACAAGAUGGCUAGACUCAGAGAGGGAAGGAUUUCAUUGCCUGGCGUUCUGAGGUAUGGUAUCGAUCUGGCUGAAGGUAUUCUGGAACUUCACUCAAAAGGGAUCCUAGUUCUCAACCUUAAACCAUCGAAUGUGCUUCUUGAUGAUACUGAUCAAGCAAUACUGGGAGAUAUUGGUAUUCCAAAUCUUCUGUUUGGUUCCUCAUUCCUAAGCUCAGAUAUGGCUAACAGGAUUGGUACUCCAAACUACAUGGCUCCAGAACAAUGGCAGCCAGAAGUCAGAGGCCCUAUAUCCUUUGAAACAGAUUCAUGGGGAUUUGGGUGCACUAUUGUGGAAAUGUUGACUGGUAAUCAACCUUUGUAUGGGUCUCCUGUUGGUGAAAUCUACCAAUCGGUUGUUGAAAAGUAUGAAAAACCCCAGAUUCCUAGUGGCCUUCCUUCUUCAGUUGAAAAUAUCCUCAGUGGUUGCUUUGAAUAUGAUUUGAGGAAUCGCCCUUCUGUGGUAGAUAUUCUGGCCGUCUUUAGAAGCUUACUGAAUGCAGUAGCCAAUGAUGGAGGAUGGAUAUAUCUUGGAACUAAAACUAUAGCAAAAUCAAGUAGCACUGGCUACACUCAGUGGUCCCUCUCAAAGGAUCAUCUUCAGGUGGGUGAUACAGUGCGCUCUAGAAAGCCUUCCAAUUCAUGCAAUCCUCAAAACAUGGAGGUCCCGCAAGGAAAUGUUGUUGGUUUAGAACGUAAUGCAGAUCAUGGAUUUGUUUUAGUGAGGCUCCAUGGUGUUCACGACCCUGUAAGGAUUCAUGCAUCAACUCUUGAACGUGUCACCAAUGGUUUGGGAGCUGGGGAUUGGGUACACUUGAAGGAAGAAGAUGAGAAGCACUCGCCAGUGGGUAUUCUUCAUUCUAUCAAUCGUGAUGGCAGAGUAACUGUUGGGUUUAUCGGUCUGCAAACUCUUUGGAACGGUAACUCUUCAGAACUUGAAAUGGCAGAACCUUAUUGCGUGGGCCAGUUUAUUAGGCUGAAAACCAAUGUUUUGAGUCCUCGAUUUGAAUGGCCACGUAAAAGGGAAGGUGCCUGGGCUACUGGUAAGAUUUCUUGGAUCCUACCAAAUGGAUGUCUAGUUGUCAAGUUUCCAGGCAUGUUGAACUUUUUGGAUGCACCAAGCACCGUCUUGGCUGAUCCCUCCGAGGUUGAUGUCGUUAAUUUUAAGAAUUGUCCAAAGAUGAUAGAGAAGUAUCAACAUGUAGAGGAUCACCACUGGGCAGUUAGACCUGUGCUACUUGCAUUUGGCCUUCUUACUGCUGUGAAACUAGGAAUGUCAAUUGGAAAGAAGUUUGGGAGGAACAUUAAUGUUACUGCAAUGGAGAGUGAAAGUCAUUAUACAGAUAGCCAGAAUGCUAGCACUAGCAGCCCUACAUGGACAUCUUCAGUAGCUAGCAUCCUUUUCAGAGAAGGUGUUAACUUGCCCAAUGGUCACUAGUUUUACCCCUUCUAUCUCCAUAUUAACCUGUUCUGUCCUGCUGCUGUUGGGACAAACAUUUCACUUGAGAAUUGUAAAUUUGUAAAAAAACUUCGUACCCCAUUGCUCAGAGGCUCUUCGCUAUGCGAAGGUAUGGGGGAGGGAUGUUGUACGCAGCCUUACCCUUGCAUAUGCAAAGAGGCUGUUUCCGGAUUCGAACCCAUGACCAACAAGUCACCAAGGCACAACUUUACCGCUGCACCAGGACUCGCCCUCUUGUAAAUAUACAUAAAUGCCAACGGGGCCAACUCUGAAUGUAAAAAUUGUACAUAUGCCUUGUAAACAAGAUUAGCUAGCUUUGUUCAUACUUGGCUUCUACCCAAUGCAAUGCAUAUAGAAAAUUUCAUAAUA